AAAAAUAUUAUUAUUGGUAACUAUUGGGGCAAUACCGAUCACAGUCUUUCUUUCAUUUCGACUAACAAAAUAGUGUCCGGAAUGGCUGAUACGCCUUCAACAGCGCCUAAGGCAAAGGCGUCUAAAUCCAAGGCCCCAAAAGAGAAGGUUUCUAAGGCAGCCCCGGCUGCGCCCGCAGAACCCCCAAAGGCUGUGCGUAAAGUGUCUUCUAAACCCCGUCACGGCAGACUAUACGCUAAAGCAGUCUUCACAGGGUACAGACGUGGUCUUCGCAAUCAACAUGAAAACACCGCUCUUUUGAAGAUCGAGGGCACCCGUGGUCGUGAGGAUGCCAUCUUCUACGCUGGCAAGAAAUGCGUGUAUGUGUACAGAGCUAAGAAGAGGACUCCAAUUCCCGGAGGUCCCCGUGGUAAGAAGACCAAGUUGCGUGCUAUCUGGGGCAAGGUGACCCGCCCACACGGUAACUCUGGCAGCGUGCGUGCCAGGUUCAAGUCUAACCUCCCUGCUCAGGCUAUGGGACACAGGAUACGAGUGAUGUUAUAUCCAUCAAGGAUCUAAGAAACUCCUUUAUAAUAUAAGUAAAUAAAACGAAACCCAAAA